AUGGUGAACUUGGCAAAGCUUGAUUUUGCUGCCCUGGACAUUACUGGGAAAAAUUACCUUACCUGGGUACUGGAUACCAAGAUCUAUCUGGAAGGAGGGAAUCUUGGAGAUACCAUUAGGGAAGAAAACAACUCAUCCUUUCAAAAUCGGGCGAAGCCCAUGAUCUUUAUUCAUCGCCAUCUUAAUGAGGGACUAAAGAGCAAGUACUUAACAGUUGAAGAUUCGUUAGCUCUCUGGAAGGCAUUGAGAAACAGAUACAAUCACCAGACAACGGUGAUUCUUCCAAAGGCUCACUAUGAAUGGAUUCACCUAAGGAUCCAGGAUUUCAAGUCAGUGGCUGAGUAUAAUUUUGCGUUAUUCAAAAUUACCUCUCAGAUGAAGUUCUGUGGGGAUACCAUUACUGAGGAAGAUAUGCUAGAAAAGAAUUUCAACACAUUUCAUGUCUCUAACGUGCUCCUGCAGCAGCAGUAUAGAGCGCAAGGCUUUACUGAAUAUAACCAGUUGAUAUCUAUGCUCUUGGUAACUGAACAAAACAAUGAGCUCCCGGUGAAAAAUCAUUAG